AUUAGAUGACGACAGUGCAGGAUUCAUUUUCUCCGGCGCCCCCACCUUCCUGGAAGUGCAGUUCACGCUACUGGGACCUUUUUGAGAUGCCAGCAGAGAGUGAAUGGAAACGAAAGCGAAAAGCUCAACCUUUGGUGGGCCAUUCUAAGAAUUGGAAAACAACACAACUCCUAGCGUAGAUCACAGCUGUCUCUGGCCACUGUUGCCUGCCAGAAAUAUUUUGGGCCCACUUAGGACGGUUGGCGCAAACAAAUGACAGCGUCGAAGAAUCCAGACCAUGGCCAGUCUCCGAACCUCCCCGAUCACCAACCAGCCGAUGCUGACCCCCGUCCUCCUUCCGACGCACCUCCGGAUCGAUCGACUCUUCCGAAACCUACGAUAUCGCUGGUAGAAGCUUCUCCGAGGGACGUGCUGUUAGGACGUGGGCGAGGAAAUGGGGGUAAUAGCGGGAACCAAAUGUUUCAGGCUCUGAUAAUUGAGAAUCUCGCUCGCUACCACAGCGCCGCAAACCGCCCCGAAAAGACCCAAAUCAUCAAGGAAAUCCUGGUAGCAAUCAGCAAGGCCGGUGGUCGCUUUCUGAAGCCGGACAAAGUUCGCGGUGGCCUUGUUAAAAUCUCUGACGCUGAAGCACGGACUAAAGUAGGACAAGCGAUCCGCUACCGUACUGUGAAUCAAAAGGAAGUCCCCGGGAGAAGCACAGCCAGCGUUCCAUCGACAUCCGAACAGAGGCGAGAGUACUUACUCGAGUUUGGCCAUUCUGACGGCGACAUUGUAGAUCGAAAGGGGUCGGGGCUUGGACUCCGCAGCCGUGGACGACAAGAGAACGUAUUGGCACAGUUCCCCAGCAGGCGCUUCCAUCAACAACAUCUUCCGAACCCACUUACACAUCAUUUACACCCAUUCGGUAGAAACAUCGCAGAUUUCGACUCGUUCCGUGAUCCCGAUGGACAAACGCUCCCCCCACAAGCACUCAAUCUAGCAGAGCGGAGUGUGGAUGUUGUUGGGGAUAUCGAGCCUCGGCCGCUACCUCCUUCUCCAGAGUUCCUUCACCAACUUGGAGCUCUUCCAACAACUCAACGGUCAAGAUACAUAUUUGAUAUUGACUCCUCCUCGGAACCGACUCCAAGGGCGUCGUCACACCACAUUCAAGAAGGUUCCUCAUUUGUACGAGAAACAAUAUCCAAUGUGGACAUUCUUUCGGUCCCUAGACAGUUCUGCUCUCCAUUUGAAAGGCUCAAUCCAACUUCACAAUCUCAUCUCCCCCAUUCGCUACCGUCAGCGAAUAUCCUGUCGUUUCCUGAUUCCUCCAUGGGUAUGGCCCUCAGGUCUACCUUCGGGCAACCCUCAGCGCAGUCGCAAUAUCAACGCUUUGCAUCUUUGCAACCAGCUGCCUUAGAUACCUCGAAUACGAGAUUUAAUCAAGCUGAGAGCCUCUCACCAUCUCGGCAACAACUCUUGAUGAUCCAGCAACAUCAAGAAGAGAGACUUUGGAACUCGCAGGAAUUUGCAGAUCCGUCAAACAUCUAUCGUGCAUCUAUGCAUCCGAACUCUGGUAGAAUACCUGACGUGGACACAACCGUCCCGCAAGAUUUGUCCCGCUUUUAUCGACCCAGCCUCCCAAACAUGCAGUCCGAGGCUGGCCCCGAAACCGACUACCACUCUUUGUUUACAGAAUUCGACAGGAAGAAUUGAAGCCGUCCAUUGUGAGUUCUGGCAAUUAUGCUGAUUCUAAACACAGUAGCAACUGUUGUUUGUGGC